GCAGAGUAUGAUGAAGUCCCGCCUCUCAGGAAAUAACACCCCUUUUGUUUUGCCUAGCUUUUGACAAAAAGACUCUCAGAUAUUUCACAGAUUCAACUUUCAUAACCAAGAGACAUGACAGAGAAUUUAACAGUGACCGACUAUGGUGAUUACUAUGAUCAAGCAGAUAGUAAUGUUGCACAGCCACACAACAACAGCAACACGAAGGCCUUCAGUGAAGUUUUUCUUCCGACUUUCUACAGCAUAGUCUUCAUCAUUGGCUUCAUCGGGAAUGGCCUGGUAGUGUGGGUCCUCAUCAAAUACCAUCACAACUUCAAUAUGACAGAUGUGUGCCUCUUAAACCUCGCCAUCUCUGACCUGCUCUUUGUUGUGUCACUUCCCUUCUGGGCUCAUUCAGCCAUGGCUGACUGGAUUUUUGGUAAAUUCAUGUGUCAUACCGUAACGGGCCUUUACACGCUGGGUCUCUACGGCAGUAUCUUCUUCAUGGUGCUUAUGACAGUGGAUCGCUAUCUCAUCAUCGUCCAUCCCCACAGUAUCUUUUCCAAGAACCGCUCUGCCAAAAUGGGUUUGGUUCUGGCUGUGAUCGCGUGGAUCCUCAGCCUGUUUGCAUCUCUCCCAAAUAUUAUAAUUGCCCAUCAGUCCAAGGAGAUGAAUAAUUCAACAUAUUGCAGAUCACACUAUUCAAGUGAUGCCAUGAAGACUUUUAUUUACUUUAAGAUAAACGUCUUGAGUCUGUUUCUCCCUCUGAUUAUAAUGGGGUAUUGUUACGCACGGAUCAUUCCAACUCUGAUAAGCAUAAAAUCACAGAAACGACACAAAAUCAUCAGACUCAUUCUGGCUGUGGUGGCUGUUUAUUUCCUCUUUUGGACACCAUACAACAUUACCAUAUUACUUCUCUUUAUGCAGACACAAGGCUACAUGCAGUCUUCUGAAUGGGAUAACAAUUUGAAACUGACUAUGCAAUGGGUGGAGACUAUCGCCUUCAGUCACUGUUGCCUCAAUCCCAUCAUCUACGGCUUUGUUGGAGAAAAGUUCAGGAGAGAAGUCCUAAAGGUGGUAAAGGAGCAGUUUCCCAUGUGCUUCAGACAAUGCUCAUCUUUCUCACAACAGUUAUCUGAACGCAGAACCUCUGCUUUCUCAAGAUCAAAUGAAUAUUCAAGUACACACAUGUAGUGCAAUGCUGAUUCAGUGUGAAAUGAUAGCGUUUAUUCUCCCUUUGUUAAAACAAAGAGUAUUUUCAUUUUUAUUUAUAAUUUUUAUAUAUUUUUUUAAUAAAAUUUCAAAUUAUUAAAAUAUUUUUCUAUUUUAGCUUGUAGCAGUUUAGCUGGUAACACUUUAUUUCAAUAGUCCACUUUAGACAUUUUACUAAUUAUAAGUAACUUUGCAACUACUUAUCAACUACCAAUCUUUAGAGAAUUAGUAGACUGUCUGCCUAAUACUAACACUUAAUUGUGAUGAUUUCUCAACAGACAUUCAACUGACUAUAAGUAUCUUUGCCGGUGCAUGUCAACUUAUUCCAGUAACCCAAACCUCUACCCUAACCCUAACCCUUACCGUCUACUAAUACACUAAUGACAGUUGGUUGACGUAUAGUUGCAAAUUAUUAAAAGUUAGUUGACAUGUACCCAGCAAGCAAAAACCAAGACGUUGAAAUGACGGCUAACUAAAGACCCAAUAUAGACCGGCUAUGAGUAACCCACUUCUACCCUAAAUAGCCUUGAAUUUGGUUACAUGCCAUUUUUGCCAAAAUAACUUGAAGAUGUAUGAUAUUCCAACAUGUAGGCAAAGUCAACAGGUGUUCAAGGUGUUUGCUUUAAUUUGUUUUAAACUUAUACGUAUCGUCUAUUCUUGGGCUAUGGUAGACGCAGGGGCGAAAAUCUCAUCUAAAUGUUGGGGGGGACAAUAAACAUAAAAUUUUUCAAGAACAAUUUUUGAAGGGGACACCAAUAAUACAGGCAAAAUUGUACUUGCAAGGAAAUGGGUACAGAUAGAAAACGUUUCUCUUUCUCUAUGAACGGACGCAAAUUUAAUUUUAAUACAUAUGAAUGCAGAGGUGAAAAGAGUAAUACAAUUUUCUACUUAAGUAAUAGUAAAGUUACUUUAAUAAUAUUUUACUUAAGUAAAAGUAAAGUUACUGGUCUAAAAAUCUACUCAAGUAAAAAGUCAUUUUAAUUUUAAGAGUUACUUUUUUACAGCGGGGAGAGGUUUCUAGUAUAGUUCACAAAGGAAGGAUAUAUACAUCUCAAACUAUGUUUUUAAUUGUAAACAUCUCUACAAUUAAAGUGCAAUAACAAAUGUUAAUAAAAUAAAAAGCUUUUUAUAACUAAGAAACAUUUAUGGAAUUAUUUAAUGAUUUUUACAGGUGAGUUAUGCACUUUUGAAGCAAAAAUAAUAUGAGGUCAGCAGCUAGUAAAUACAAUCAUUAUAUGAAGGUUGUAAUUGAUGUAUUGCUGGUAACAUACAUUGUUAUUAAACUAUAUACAUAAAUGAACAUAUAAUGAGAUGAGUGCCAUGGCUAUACACUAUACAUCCUUUACACGUUUAUUAGCUCCCAGACCUGUGUACCUGAUGUCUUUCAAUCUAUCUCUCUCGCGCUCUCUCUCUCUCUGCAAUGUCUAAUGAUCUGCGCAUUCUCGAGGACGUUCUCAAGUUGUUUGACUUGACGCGAAGCUGCUAGACCUCGGAAGAUAAUGCGCAUGUAUUAAAAAUGCAUCGUGCAAAUUAGCGGUUAAACACGGUCGGCAAUUCUCAAACUCCGUACUCAAGAGCAUGAACCCUACCUGAAUGAAACAAUCGCUUUGCGUCAAUGGCCAGGGGUUUCUUUCGUAAGAAUUGAAUUGAGGGUCUGCAUUAGCCUGCGCCUGUCUCGUCCCUCUCCAUGGUUCUUUUUGCGCGUUCCCCCGCCCAUCAAUCAAUCAUCCGACCGUGGCGCGUCUUUAUCACCUUACUUUUUUAUUUAUUUUUACUCAGUAACGGAUAUGAUUUAACAUGUAGCGAAGUAACCAACAAUACUUUAAACAUACUUAAGUAAAAGUAAAGUACAGAUUUUAAAAACUACUCAAAGUAAAAGUACACAAAAAACUCAGUUACAGCAAGGUGAGUAAAUGUAAUUUGUUACUUUCAGCUCUGCCUCACCUCUGCAUGAAUGCAUAAAAAUGUUUUCUUGAUCGUUUAUCUGCUUCUGUUCUCAGAAAACGAAAUAUGUUCAUGUUUAUAUGUCAAAAUAGUCCAGUUUUAAAACAUAUGAGGAUAAACUGAUAAGUGAUGGGAAACGUUGUAUUGUAUAUA